ACACAGAAAUAAGAUGGGCAUUUAGUGUGCUAAACUAACGGAUGCAAGCAAUCUGGCGUCUCUUACUGAGACUCGGAGGACCAGGUAUGAAUUAAUCAUUACAUGGCGCUGGAUGACACCGUUGGACCAGUGGAAUCGAAUCACUUGAUGGUUGUUUCCCGCCAAGUUCCUGCAUCAACGAAGGACCCGAUGUCCCCACGCUGCUCGAGUCUUGAAGUGUUGCACUGAGAUGACCUUGACACGCUAAGUAAUUCAGGGCUGUUCAAUCUUGAGAUACGCAACUCACUCAGCGCUAUGCCGCAAUUCACUAAAUGAUAGGCCGAGAAACGUCCUGCAAUAUUUGGAUCCCCAGUUUCAAGUACAUGCUUAUCGCGGCUUCCUCCAUCCCAAAUACGAAUCUAGUGCUUCUUCGACUUGCAAGGAAAAUGGCUCCGAGUUCUACGUACAGUACGCUAGCUCUGUGGAGGGUAUCUCCUGAGAUGUCUUCUGCGUUGGUCGUCGCCCUGGCGUCUUUGCACUUGUUAUAUUAUGCAUCUCCGCCACUCAGGAUGCAUUCAAUGUUGCGUUUACGAAUUCUGGAUUGUUUAUCCGGUGACGGUGUAGCACUGCCUGCCAGGUAUACCCGCGUCGUGACGCCCUGCCAUUCGCCAGGCAUCACCAUUUUGCCAAUCCGAUUUGCAGACUGCCAGGGUCUGCACGCUGCCAUGCUUGAGAUCAGAUCCCAUAUCAUCCUGCACAGAAAAUGCGUUCCUCCAUCCUUGCCGUUAUUGUUGCUUUGACAGCAUCUGUGUCUGCCAGUGACAGUAAAUGCUCUGGCCUACACGGGGGGUGUAAACUCACUACAGAUUGCUGUGGUAACUUUUUUAC